AUGCGGUUCCUACAGACCUUGACGCAGCCAGUCGUCCUCCUCCAAGUCCUGGUGCUGGCCUCCACCGGACUCGCUAAAGAGGCGCAGGUACCGUUGUCGAGCGACACCCAUUCAAGACAGCCUCACCGAGUUGCCAUCAUUGGUGGUGGUGCCGGCGGAUCAUCGGCGGCAUACCACCUGCAACACUUUGCAGACCAGUCAGAGCAUGACUUUUCCCUCGACAUCACCUUAUACGAGAAAGAGUUGCGGGUCGGCGGACGGACCACCACAGUCAACGCGUUCGAUGAUCCAGCGUUCCCAGUAGAGCUAGGUGGGUCAAUCUUUGUGAAGGCCAAUCACAUUUUGUACAACUUUACGCGCGAUUUCGGGCUCGAUGCCACUUCUCGAUCUUCGCGAGAGGAGGGUCACUCAGAUUACGACCUCGGGGUCUGGGACGGCGAGCAAUUCGUCUUCAAGCAGAGCAGCAGUGACAGUAGGUGGCAGGGCUACUGGGACAUCGUGAAGCUGCUUUGGAAGUAUGGCUCGGCGCCCAUCAAGAUCCGCAAUCUGACACAAGCGAUGCUCGACAAGUUCCUCAGCGUCUACGAUGAGCCGCUGUUUCCCUUCAGCUCUUUGACUGGUAUUAUCGAGCAGACCGGUCUGAUAGACGAUAUCAGCCUGGACGGCAAGACGAUGCUGGAGGCCAAAGGCGCCGGAGGUGCUUUCGCCAACGACAUCGUCCAAGCCUCUACUCGUGUGAUGUGCAGAGCUACACCGCCACGUGACCACCGCUCUCGAGCGAGCUCCGGUCAUCAACGUCACUCCUCAAUAUUCCUAUGUCGACCUCCACAUUGGUAG